AGUGAUCCACCUAUGAAGCUGUUAUAAACGUGUGUGCGCUUCAUUCGUUUCCUUUAAAUUAAAAGCUAACAUUGUUUGCAACAUUCUUUUUUUAAUACAAGUUCAAUACAUUUUAAAAUCUUAUUUCUCUUUUUGUUUUUUUUUGUUCUUUUUUUUUUUUUUUUUUUUAAUAACUAAAUUAGAGGUUAGAAAUAACCUUUCAAAGACGAUAAAGCAAAGGUUUAUUGAGAAGAAGCAUCUCCCUUUCUGAUACAAUUGGAUGUUCAAGCAUAUUAAUUGCAAGAACUGACAAAAUGAAGAUGGCGGACGGACCUACAAUCUUGAGAAGAAAUAGACCCGGAACUAAAGCUAAGGAUUUUAGCAUGUGGCCAGAUGAAGUAUUUGAAGAAAUGGAUAGCACAUUGGCGGUACAACAAUAUAUACAACAGACAAUCAGGAGAGAACCAUCAAAUAUAGAAUUGAUACUUAACAUGCCAGAUGCCCAAGAUGAAGGAGUUUGGAAAUAUGAACAUUUGAGACAAUUUUGUAUGGAACUUAAUGGAUUGGCAGUUAGAUUGCAAGAAGAAUGUCAUCCUGAAACAUGUAAUCAAAUGACAGCCACAGAACAGUGGAUAUUUUUAUGCGCUGCGCAUAAAACUCCUAAAGAAUGUCCUGCUAUUGAUUAUACCAGACAUACACUCGAUGGAGCAGCUUGUUUACUGAACAGUAAUAAAUAUUUUCCUAGCAGAGUGAGCAUUAAAGAAUCUUCAGUAGCUAAACUUGGAUCUGUAUGUCGUAGAGUAUACAGAAUAUUUUCUCACGCAUAUUUUCAUCACAGAACGAUAUUCGACGAAUUUGAAAAUAAAACAUUCCUUUGUCGAAGGUUUACAGCAUUUGUAACUAAAUAUAAUUUGAUGUCGAAAGAUAAUUUAAUAGUACCUAUAAUGGAAGAAGACGGUGCAACUGAGAGUGAUGCAUAAGAUUUUUACAAUAUAAUAGUAUUAUACAAAAACGAAUCAUCAGAUUUAGAGAGAUCUGAUGGGAAUUUGUUUAUAUUAUCAGGAUACAUUUUCCAAAAUAUUUGUAAACGUGAAUGUAUUCUGAUAAUGAUCGAUAAAACUCUGCUCUUAGAAAAUAUUUUAUACCUAUGAGUAUAUAUAGCAUCAAACGAGAGUGAGUAGAAAUUGAUACUAAUGAUUUUUUGAGGAACAGAGAAAUAAAAAUUGCAAGAAAUUUUUUCAUGCUUCAUAAUUAGCUAUAAUACAAUAUAAGUUGAUGUUUAUCUAUGUAAGACUUAUAAAUCUUUGAUAAUAUAUUAAGAGCUCAAUGACAUAGUUUAUUUGGUAUAAAUGGUAUACUAAUUGCAAUUUUGAAACUUAAAGAAAAAGAAACCUGUUUUGAAAUAUUUCUAUAAUGUUUUAUAGUCGUAACGAUGGAAAAGAGAAAAUUUAAUAUUUCUUAUACAUAUUUAUAAUUAAUAAUGUAUCUGUAUCAAAAUCAGUACUCUCAGCUCUAAGAUAAAAGCAACAAAGGUAAAGAAUAAUUUUUUUUUUUUCUUUUUUUUUUUUUCUCUUUUUUUUUUUUUUUGUAGCAUUUAUAUGUAUAUCUGUAAUUAAUUACAACAUGUUAUAAGUAUAAUAAAUACAAUAAUGUGAGAACUUAAAAAUCUUGCUACUGAAAAUAUAGUUCUAAUGGAGAUAAAUUAAGAAAAAAAAAAAAUAAAUAAUUAAAAAAUAUUACAGUCAAUAAUAGUAGAUCCUUAUUUUAAAUAUUACAUUUGCAAAACGCUGUUCCUCUAAUUUUUGAAUUGUUGUAAUAUUGACGCUAAAAGUUCAUGUAUCCUUUUGAUAAUUGUAUACAAAUUUUAUUCUCUCUUUUCAAUGCUAAUUAUAUAAUGUUAUUUUUCUUAAAUGAUAAUCUAUUAAACAGUAAUAAUGCAAAGGACGAUUCUAAUGAUACACAAUCUGCGUGAAGAAAAUUUGGAUAAUUAACAACAAGUUAUUCAUAAUUCUAUGCAAGUCAGUCUUCUGCAUAACAGUAUCUUAAAAGAAUUGGGACUGAUUCUCCAAAAAAAAAAAAAAAAAAAAGAAAAAGAAACGAAGAUGGAAAAUCAAUCGGAAUUGUAUUAUAAUAAUACUUAUUAUUUGUAUAUAUGUAGUUCCCAUAUGUUAUUAUAUCUGUAAUAUGCUGCACUUCUUUUCAAUUGUUUAAACAUAUUUACAUUUUAAUACAUAUAAAUAACAAUUUGUAUUGUUAUUCAAAA